CAAUGAUUGCGGUUGGACUCCGUCUAACCGAUGAGGUAUUUCCGAAUCCGGAAGAACCGAUCGCCAAGCUACCGACCGGAAAUGAAAAUCCAGAGAUGCUUCUUGAUGGAGUUAAUAAAGAUGGAAAAACGCGAAUCAAACGCAUAGUUUUGAGUCGUUCUGCAAAUGUGGAAUUCCUGCGUGCUGAGUCUCCUUCUCGAAUUUGGGUCCGUCUCACAAAUCACAUCACAGAUAGCGCAUUGACUUUUCGCGAACCGUUUGAGCUGACACAGAAGACGACGUUUAAGAUUGGUGAUUACGCAUUGGCACCAACCGACGAACGUGUCUAUCGUCGAUGCCGGAUUGUCGAUGUAUGCCGAAAUAAUGAACUUCUCAAAGUUUUCUUUAUUGACGAUGCUGUUAUCGCAUGGGUUCAGCCAGAAUGCCUCGGAGAGCUUGAUCAGCACUAUAUGUAUUAUCCGUGGCAAGCUAUUCAGGUUUCCAUGUUUGGAGCAACUCCAACUGUUGAUGUAAACAGAAGUACUGAACAAUUAUGGUCGCCCAUUAUCUGUGACCAAUUGAGCAAAGUUCUGGAACAAUUCUUCAUUCUUCGUGUGGAAGUUGUUCUCUCCACUGUUGUAUUCAAUGAUUAUGCAAAGCCAAUUCCAGUCAACCUUUUUGGAAUUGAAGCAGAUAUCGAUGAAAAAGAUCAGAUUCGUCGCGCAAUCGAGAUUGGUCCAAUACUCGAAAGACAAGAGCCAGUUGGAAUUUCUUUCCCGGAAUUUUUCGACGCUGCAUAUCACCAAGUAUUCGAAGUUGCUGAAAGAGAGACAAUUCCGAACGAAGCACUCGAAAUUCAUCGUUCAUUUCCAACAGAUUGGAAAAAGACGAGUAUUUCUGAAGAUCAAAUGAAAGAAGAGAAAGAGAAAGCUCUUUUUUCCAAGAAUUCAUUGAUUCCAGAAAUGGAACACAGCGAUUGGGAUCCACGACAGAAUUCAAUCGAAAUGUUAUCGAUUGAUCAAUUGGAAGAAAAAUUUAAAUUUCCCUAUGAUUCGGAUGUAGCCCCAGCUAUCAUGCUUGCAGUUGAAGGAAGAUGUACAAAAAGUCCAUUUGAGUGGUAUGCAAGGCCGAUUGUAAAAACUGGAAGAAAUGCGAAUGGCGAAAUGGUUAUUUGGAACGAUGAGGAACAAUUGAAGGAAGUGGAUCCAGUUGAUUGGAUGAUUUAUGGAAAUGAUCAACUUUUGAGUAUGGCAGAGCAAUUGGACACUUAUUAUUCAAAUCCUAAAAAUAGAAAACCAUUGAAAGCGGAAGAAAUUCAAUCAAUGAGAAAAGAGAAGCGAGACGUGUUUGCUGUAUGUGCAGUAAAUGAAGAAAAAGCAAUGUACACUGGAGAGUGGCAAAGAGUCCUUAUUGUAGAAUGUGACACUUUUGCUGAAGUUCGUUUUCUGGAUUCAGGCGGUCGUGAUAUGGUUCUCACUGGAUCUCUUUAUAAGAUUCACCGACAGCAUUGCCGGUUCCCACCGAUGUGCUUGCGCCUUUCAAUGCAUGGAAUUACCUCGAGUGAAUCAGUCGUCAGAAAAUGGACUUCAGCCGAAACAUCCCGAUUCAGAACUUGCCUUCGCGAGGAUGUUCCAAUCUUCAUUAAUAUCGACGAUAUUGCUCCCUUGAUUCUACCACCAGACGAUAAAAAAGAUCCACGUGCUCAUAUGGCAAAGCAUGUGCUCAUGGUUAGCGAUGUUUCUUACAUGGAUGAAUCGAAAAGCCUACUCGAUCGGUUCACCGACAAAGAUGAAGCCGUGCGCGCUGCCUUCAGCCAGAAAGAGCCAAUCGAAUGGCCAAAUUGAUCUCAAUCUCGAUUUCUGUUCCAGUCAAAAUCCAAAUGUUAAUUCUCUUCCAAUCUAUUUUAUAUUGUUUUUUCUUAUUUAAGUUUUUCAAUAAUGGGAUGAUGCAAGUGAAUUUCUCGACAUUUCUCGACAAUUUUUUUGCAAUGCAAGUGUGCGGAGAAAUGACGAGAAUUGACGUGAAAUUCGCAAUUUCUCCGCAUUUCUCGACAUCCACACAUACCGUAGUUGGGGACGUUGUUGGCGGCAAAUCGCGGCGAGACCCGCUGUGUCGAUUUACGAGGAUAUAGCUAAUGUUAGUUUUUCGCAAUAAACUUUGUUUU